AUAAUAUUGAAACUAAUAUAAUUAGUAGUUGUAAAUAAUAAUUAAUUAUGUAUAAAUAUAGGAUAUUAAGGGAUUUUGGAAAUGUGUUGAAAGUGUUCCCGAAAUCUCAAAGGACAUUUUGUGAUAAAAAGGCUAAACCAGAAUAUAAAGAACUAAUCGUAGAGAAAAAAAGCUCAAUAACAACAAUAGGCAUCAACAGAGCCGAAUCUAGAAAUUGUGUAGACUCAGCAACAGCUCAAGAAAUAUGUCGAGCAGUUUUUGAAUUUGAAAAUGAUGCUGAAGCUAAAGUUGCUGUACUAUACGGCACUGGGGGAAACUUUUGCUCUGGAUACGAUUUAAAAGAAUUGUGUCAUGAGAAAAUUAGGCCUGAGUUACUUCUUAACCCUGAAGGAAGCAUGGGGCCCACAAGGCGUCCAAUUUCCAAACCAAUGAUUUGUGCUGUAAGCGGUUAUGCAGUUGCCGGUGGCUUUGAAUUAGCUCUAAUGUGUGAUUUAAGAGUUGUUGAAGACACUGCUGUUAUGGGGGUCUACUGCAGGCGAUACGGUGUACCAUUAAUCGAUGGUGGUACUGUACGUCUGGCAGCAAUGGUUGGAAUCUCAAGAGCCCUAGAUCUUGUCUUAACAGGUAGAUCUUUAAAUGCAAAAGAAGCCUUUGAAUGGGGCAUUGCUAAUAGGAUUGUUGCUACAGGAACCGCUUUCGGACAAGCCCUACAGCUAGCAGGUUGUCUCACAAAAUUCCCUCAAGAUUGCAUGUUGGCCGAUAGAGAGAGUGUUUACAAUGCAACCUACAAUGCAACAUCUUUAAGAAAAGCUUUGGAUGCUGAAGUUGAAAAUGCAAACUCUGAUAUUCUACGACAGGCUGAAGAGGGGGCCCAGAAAUUCCUUGCAGGUCAUGGUCGUCAUGGUAAAUUUUAUGAUAUAACAGAAAAGCUUAUUCCAGAUUGGGAACAAGAAGAAAUUAAAAUAGAAAAGGAGCUGGGAAAAGAAUUGCAAAAGGAGCAGAAGAAAUAAAAAUUAUGUGAUCUGUUUAUAUUAAUUGGCUAAGAAAAUGUUAA